UUCCGACCCGCCCACCCCUACCUUCCCUUGCCCUUCGCACUUCCGGUCUGGCGCGCGCAGGCUUGCUAGCUUUAGCUUUGAAACGGUUGAUUGGCUGGGCGGUUUGCUCAGCAGCUGAGAGGAGGCUGGUGCGCCAUGUUCUACCUCGUGGCCCUGCUUGCAGGGCUCAGUAGGCUGCCGAUUUGGGGCCUCGAUUCUCAACAGUCAUUCAUGGAGAUCACAGUUCCAGAGGAGAUCCUAUCAAAUUCAAGUGAUUCAGACUCAGAAUAUGAAGAGAUUUCAUACAGGAUAUCAAUAGAAGGGAGACAAUACACUUUACACCUCAAAAAAAGAUUGUUUUUGCCAGAUGAUUUUGUUGUCUAUAUGUACAAUCGUGAAGGUGCUGUGUAUUCUACUUCCAGAAAUACUAUGAAAUAUUGUAACUACCAAGGACACGUUGCAGGUUUCCCAAAUUCAGUUGUCACACUCCAUGCCUGUUCUGGACUCAGAGGAUUAUUGCAGUUUGAAAAUGUUACUUAUGGAGUUGAGCCCCUUGUGCCUGCAGGUGGAUUUCAGCAUUUUAUUUAUCGAUUAAGAAAUGAAAACACAGGUCUUGCUGUUCUGGCUGAAAAUAAUGCACAUAUGGAAUCAGAGGACCUGGAAUAUAAAAUUGAUUCUAGUGUUGAAUCAAGACCAUUUGGUCCAAAGCUCUCACCAGUAUGUGGAAAACAUAUUGUCUUGGACAAAGGUUUG